UCUUAAGCGCACUUUAAUUUCUGGUUUUCUGCCAACAGUUUCUCUUAAAUCCAAAUAUUUUUUACCGUACGCGGAGUUUAAAAGAUGCCCCAAAAUAAUGAUAAUUGCCGCUAAUUUUGCAGAAUUCUUUAAAAAAUCUGUAAUCUUAUUUUUAUUUAAUUUUACAUAUAUAUGCGCGAUAUAAUCAUGACAGCAGUGAUCAGAUUUUUUGUUUUAUUUCUGUGUGAUUGCCAUUUCUCUGCAACAUUAGCGCAGUGUCCCACCCUGCCAUCGGGACAUUGCUAUGUGGAUUGUACACAACCUGUCUACAAGAUUAUCUGCGAAGACGUCAACGGAAAUGCCUUACACAGCGACAUUAUGGUGUAUCAGGAUUCGCCGCAGUCCCUCGAACUGACCAUUUGGAAUUCACCGGCAGUAAGCCGACUGGGCUCCACCAUUCUGUCCACGGUGGCCAACCAGAUCACUUCUCUUUAUUUGGAUAAUCUCCGCAACCUCGUGCUGUUUCCAGAACUGAAUGAUUUGAGCAAAAUGAAGGAUUUGAAAAUUAUGAACAGUCCCCGGUUGAUGGACAUGCCGGCUGAACUGCUGCCACAUGGGAUCGAGACAAUUCACUUGUACGCCACCAACAUCACCGAGCUAAUCAACGACUUCGACGAAGUGCCGCGCAUUCCCACGGUGCACACCUUCUCUUUCAGCCACGGUACCCUACGCCACAUCCAGCCGCACUUCUUCCAUAUCUUCCCCAAUCUGCAGACACUGCGCAUCAGUCACACCCGCUUUCUGCUGGAUACUAUAGAUGACAAGACCAUCUACCCGGAAGCCAAGCUGUAUUCGCUGCAGUUCACCGAUAACGAUUUUUCGGCUGUACCGGAAAAUGUCAGUACCCGAAUGCUGUACCGGCUUUUCGCCGAUACGAAUAUCGGUGACGGCGGCGAAGUGGAUGUGUCCAAUAACGGGCUGCUCAUCACGACGGACACCGUUACGGCGAUGCAGAGAUUGCGGAGGAUCAGAAGUCUGAAUUUGCGGGGAAAUCGGUUUAGGGAUUUCUCCUUUUUGACGACCGGGUUUCGGGGGUUUAAUCGCUUGGAGUUUUUGGAUCUAACCGGCACCGAUUUACUGAACGUAAAGGGUGUCUUUGCUGGAUUGCCAAAACUCCGCACGCUCCUGUUAGCCGACAACAAUUUCCAUGAUCUAUCACUGAUCGACAUCUUUGCCGACUCCCAAUCCGAGAAGCUCCGCGUUCUGGAUCUAUCGGGCAACCACCUGCGGGCGCUGCCCACCGCGGGUGGCAAUGAGGCCUUUUCCGAAUUUUUAGAGGAAUUCAACUUGUCUCACAACCAGCUGAACCUCGAUCAAAUCCAGGAUUAUGAGAACUCCAGCGCCACCUUCAAUGAUUAUCAGAAUUUAAAAUUUCUAGACAUAUCGUACAAUAAUCUAAGAAAAUUCGCCGGUGAGCGACUCACUCGUUUACGAAAACUGGAGAAACUAAUCUUAGCCUGCAAUAAUUUCACCCGCAUAACGAAAGCGUCCUUUGACCUUUUGCCGGUAACUCUAAAGUUUUUAAAUCUAUCGUUUUGCGCAACGAAGGAAGCGGAAUCCCCGCGUUUUACGAACGAUGCACUGAGUACUUUGCCGGUCCAACUGGAGACUCUAGUUUUUACUCAAGGAUUUCUAAAGAAUUCGGUUUUUGAGCGGUUUAAGUUGGCUAAGAAAUUGCGGUUGAAACAUUUGGAUUUGAGCUGGAAUUCCAUUUCGCAUAUUCCACAUAAAUCGGAUAUAUUGUUUCCGUUGAUUAACAUACAAUCGUUGCGGUUGAAGGCCAAUCUCUUCCAGUCGAUCGCGCCUAAAGAAUUCGAAUAUUUUCCGGCACUGAGAGAACUGGAUUUGUCAUCAAAUAUGAUCAUUUCUAUUGGUCCAUCGGAUCUGGACGGAUUAUAUAAUUUAGAGGUGUUGGAUCUAUCCGAAAACAGUAUAAUUCAGGUGGAGAAGGGCGCCUUCAAGUAUCUAGGGAAACUCAAAUCGUUAUAUUUCCGUAAGAAUGCCUUCACGAAUAUCGGUACCAUGUUCAGCGGUAUCCUGUAUCCCCAGCUGCAGCAGCUCAGUCUGGAUGGGAUGCCACUGAACUGCGUGGAUGCGGACAUUGCCGGGUUAUUUCCCCAUUUGAUGUGGAUCUAUCUCAACCGUUCCCAGCCGCUAUACAUGGCUUACGGUUCCUUCCGCAAAAUGAAGGAACAUGUCCGCACGGUGCCACCGCAACCGGUGCCCUUUGACCCGCCUACCGCAGCGGAUCUGGGCUGUGACGAAGAUAUGCCCUACCAGACGAUUAUGAAAAACUAUCACCGUAUCACGGUACCAGAUGGUUCGAACAAAGUCGGACAACAAAUGAUUCUGAAUUUUCCUUCGUGCCAUGUGGAUGCAGAGCGGAAUCUGAAAACUCUAAUACAAAAUGUGAUAUGUUAGCAUUGCGCUUCGAUGUUUUUUUUUCGGGUUUGUUUAUUUGCUCCUUUAUAAUCCAUCGUCUUGCAAAAUGCUACUAAAUCCCAGUAUGUUGUUGAAUCAUCAUCUGUACGGGCGUGGUUCAACCAAAUCAGUAUUAGCUACCAACACUACUCUAGCCUACUGUUACACGGUAUUAGUGUUUCCUGGUACUGACAAUAAAAACCAA